AAACAAAAGAAAAGAAAAUUAAACAAGGUAAAAAGAAUUCAUAAUGGCUGUUCACAAAGAAGUUAGUUCCCUUGCUUACCUACUUGUUCUUGGAUUAUUGGUACUUGUAAGCGCGAUGGAACAUGUUGAUGCGAAGGCUUGUACUUUAGAAUGUGGUAAUCUUGGCUAUGGGAUAUGCCCACGUUCAGAAGGAAGUCCGGAAAAUCCCAUAUGCACCAACUGUUGUGCAGGUUAUAAAGGUUGCAAUUAUUAUAGUGCUAAUGGGACUUUCAUUUGCGAAGGACAAUCUGACCCAAAAAACCCAAAAGCUUGCCCCCGAAAUUGUGAUCCACAUAUUGCCUAUUCAAAAUGUUCCCGUUCAAGAGGAAAGACACUAAUUUAUCCCACAGGAUGUACCACAUGUUGCACGGGGUACAAAGGUUGCUACUAUUUUGGUAAAGACGGCAAGUUUGUUUGUGAAGGAGAGAGUAUUGAACCCAAGGCAUGUACCCUGGAAUGUGACUCUAGAGUUGCAUACAUGACUUGUCCAUCUUCUGGAUUAGCCAAGUUGAAUCAAGUUUGUGUUAAUUGUUGCACUGCAGGAGAGGGUUGCAAACUCUAUGGAUAUGAUGGAUCUUUAAUUU